AUGGAUGUGAAAAUGAAAGCUGAAUAUCAAGAAGAAAUUGAAUCUGUGUUACAAAGUACAUCUGAGACAAAGACCAGUGUGAACAUGUGUCGUGAGAGUCAGAGUCCUGGUUAUCAUGUUAUAAAGAAAGAAGAUCACUAUACAGAAGUUAUAAAAUCCUCAAAACCAAACAGAGGUAUAUGUGGAGAAACAACUUUAAAUGGAGAAAACCUAAAGGAAUUUAAUAUACCUCAGUGUAAUGGUAAAACAUACAGUUGUGUAGCCAGUGGAGAAAAAUUUGGAACAAUGGAUAACCUAACACAAGAAAAGAGGAUACAAUCUGGAGAGAAACCAUAUCAUUGUGCAGUUUAUAGAAAAAACUUUAAGAGAAAUAGUCCCUUAGAACAACAUAAAAGAAAUCAAACUGGGGAGAAACUUUACAGUUGUACAGUUUGUGGAAAACACCUUGGAUCAAGCAGUUACUUAAGAAUACAUCAAAGAAUACACACUGGGGAGAAACCUUAUGAUUGUGAAAUUUGUGGAAAACAAUUUCGAAAAAUGGGUAACUUAAAAAGCCAUGAAAAAGUACAUAGUGGUCUUACUUAA